UCAUCAACCCUUGCGAAUGAAAGAAAUAAAAGAUAGCACCGAACGAUCGUUCCUCUUCCCCAACCAACGUUUUUCUUCUCCUUUUCAUCUAUUGUAAAACACCUUCAAAGCUUCUAGCUUGGAUUUAUGGAUUCCAUUUUCUCAGCAACUUCUGUCUCUUCCAUUCUGGUGAAAGGAAAUGGAGGAAUUGGCUGCCAGGCUACGAUGGCUCAUUUCAAGACCAACUCUAGAAGACGCCUACCCAAAAACCUCCUCUGUCCACGACGGGCCAAGCUUCCUCCUGACCCCGCUGUCAACCAAUUCUUGAAGAACAAAACCUCUGCCCCUUCCCCAUCCUUAACUGAUUUGAUUUCCUCUGAGAUUUUCCAACUCCCUAAAGGUGAAGACGAUGAGCAUGAAGAAAUCCACGCUUAUGACUAUAAGGAUACUGAUGUUGUUUGGGAUUCAGAUGAAAUUGAAGCCAUUUCAUCACUCUUCCAAGGGAGAAUUCCUCAGAAACCCGGUAAAUUGAACCGAGAUAGACCUCUUCCUCUCCCACUUCCUCACAAGCUACGACCAUCAGGGCUUCCUGACCCUAAAAUCCGCCCAAGAAUAAUGGUUUCUUCGCGUGCUUUGCUGUCUAAGCAAGUCUACAAGCGUCCUGACUUUCUUAUUGGCCUUGCCAGGGCGAUUAGAGAUUUGUCCCCGGAGGAAAAUGUGUCCAAGGUUCUCAACCGUUGGGGUCCUUUUUUGCAGAAGGGCUCUUUGUCAUUGACGAUUAAGGAACUGGGUCAUAUGGGUCUUCCUGAUAGAGCUCUAAAGACGUUUUCUUGGGCGCAGGAACAACCUCGACUCUUUCCGGAUGAUCGUGUUUUGGCCUCAACCGUUGAGGUCCUUGCAAGGAACCAUGAACUGAAGGUACCUCUAGACUUGGAAGAGUUCACUAAACUUGCUAGUCGUGGUGUGCUCGAGGCAAUGGUGAGAGGGUUUAUUAAAGGUGGGAGCUUAAAUCUUGCUUGGAAGCUUCUUGUAGCUGCAAAGAAGCGUAAGAGACUGUUGGAUCCUAGCGUUUAUGUGAAGUUGAUAUUGGAGCUUGGGAAAAACCCUGAUAAAAACGUGUUGGUUCUUACCUUACUGGAUGAGCUAGGACAAAGAGAAGCCUUGACGUUAAACCAGCAAGAUACUACAACUAUAAUUAAGGUCUGCACAAGGCUUGGUAAAUUUGAAAUUGCUGAGAAACUUUAUAGCUGGUAUGUUGAAUCUGGACACGAACCUAGUGUGGUUAUGUAUACUGCCUUAGUUCAUAGCCGCUACUCAGACAGGAAAUACAGGGAGGCAUUAUCUUUAGUGUGGGAAAUGGAGGCUGCAAAUUGUCCUUUUGAUCUUCCUGCUUAUAGUGUAAUGAUAAAGCUUUUUGUUACUCUUGGUGAUCUUUCAAGGGCUGUUAGAUAUUUUGCAAAGCUUAAGGAAGCUGGUUUUGCCCCUACAUAUGAUGUAUAUAGGAAAAUGAUCACCAUUUAUUUAGUUUCAGGGAGGUUAGCCAAGUGUAAAGAAAUUUACAAGGAAGCAGAGAAUGCCGGAUUUAUCAUGGAUAAACAAAUUACUUCAAUGCUGUUGCAAUCAAAAAGAUGAUUCAGCUGUGCAAUCCAAUUGAACAUGUGUACCUUUUUUAAAAAAUAUAUUAAUUGUUAUUCUUUUCUGGCAUAGUUCGAUGAAUUGGUUGCAGCAUUGCCUCUACCUGAUGGAUGUGAAGAAGAGCAGUUGAAAAGGAUUGCAGAACUAUAGUCAAGUUGUGUCUGACAAUAACACGAGGAAGAAGUCCAAGGCAAGAGGAAGGAAUGAGAGUUCGUGGGAUCACAAGCCCUCACACUUGUUCCAAGGACAAAGUAGUACUUGCACACAAGGUUGCUACACAAGGCUGACGUAAGCAAAAGGCCAUUUUUUGAGCAAAUUUGAACCUUGGGCCAUUUUUCAUUUGGACUCCCAAAAGAAGUCAUCCGCAAAAAUAUUCAAGUGGUAAAAUCACGCGUGGAUGACAUCAGCAGGAGGCCACUUUCCAUUACUUUUCUACAGGUGGAUAUUUUUCAUUUGGGCCUCCCAAAUGAGGUCAUCCGUACAAAAAAUCCUUUCUAUAUAAACUCCAUUAGUUUGUGUAUUAGGGCAAUAAGAGAUUAAUAAAAAAUUUCACCACUUCUACUAAAGUUUUACUUGGUACCAAAGAUUGUCAAGCGAUACCCACGAUUUUUUCUCUCAUUCUGAAGAUCAAGAAUCAUGACUAUUUCAAAUAUAGAAGAUGGAUUUGAAAUUACAAAUCAAGGUUUUCAAAUCAUAAACCCAGGUAACCAAAUUUGCAUUGUAAAGCUAAGUUGCACAUUUUCUCCUAUGGAGACUACGAGUAGUUGCUACCCCAGAAGGAAAUGGUCUUGAAGAUCAUUUGUAUGCUGAAAACUCCGCUCCGGAUAAAAUUCUGAAAAUCGUACAAGGAACAACAAAAGUAUAGAAAGAAAAUUCAGCCUAUCAACAGUGGAAGAGACAAGAUCGAUUAAUCUUUUCAUGGAUUCUUGGUUCUAUAAGCGAAGAAAUCUUGGGAGAUCUGCUUCACUGUACAACAAAAGAGAUUUGGUCUAAUCUUUCAAGAAAUGUUUGCUAUGAAGAGCAUGGCGAAAAUAAUGCAUAUACAAAUUGAACUGUAGAAUCUUUGAAAAGAUCAGCCCUUGAAAUAUUAUCUACGGAAGUUGAAAACCUUUGUUGAUAUGCUUAAUGCUUCAGGUAUAACUAUAACCACUGAAGAUCAUCCAUUGCACAUUUUAUCUGGAUUAGGAACAAACUAUGAUUCUGUAGUAUCUAUUAUAACAUCUCAAAAGAAAUCCAUGGAUAUUCAAGAAGUUACGUCUCUACUUUCUCAAGAAAGUCUAUUGAAAAACGAAAGAUCUCUUCAAAAUAGUCCUCAUCUUCCCUCUGUAAAUCUUGCUUGUAGCAAAAAUUUUGGAAAGUCGUUAAAUGAUGCAAACAGAACUUUCAACCAAAAUAAUCAACAGUAUUCUGACAAUAGAAAUAAGGGAGGAAAUUCUGGAAAAGGAGGAAAUAAAAACUGGGGAAAUCAAAUAAAGUCCAAUGUCAAAUAUGCAAUAAAUUUGGACACAACAUCGAAAUGUUAUUUUCAUGUUCCAAUGCAGUACUCUGGUCCGACUAAUGUCUCAAACUCAACAGCUUUCUGGACUUCAUCAAAUGAUAUCAAUAAGGAUACAUAUUCGUAUCCUGAUUCAGGAACUACAAACCAUAUUACUCAUGAUCUAAAUAAUUUGACAAUGAGCACAGAAGCUACUGGAGGACAAGUUCAAGUUGCUAAUGGUUCACGUGUGUCCAUUUCCCAUUUUGUUUAUACUUCACUUACCAAAUCAAAUCAUAUUUUUCGUAAACUUACUUCACAUUCCCUUUGUCACUAAAAAUCUUAUAGGCUUUGACCAAUUCAAUAAAGACAAUAAUGUCUAUUUUGAAUUUCAUCCAUUUUAUUGUCUUGUGAAGAAAUCGAGCAACUGGAACAAUUCUUCUUCAAGGAACAAUUCAUCACGGUUUAUACUCUUUUCAAGUGGAAAAGCCUCUCUCAUAUUCUAAGAUGAAGACUCAAACCAAUACACAAAUUCCUGUCCUAAAAUCCAGUCUUUUGCAUUUUCUUGUGAACCUAUUAACAAUUGUACUUCUUCAUCUUCUUUUGAUAUACCACAUAGAAGAUUUGGACAUCCUUCAUUACCUAUUGUAAAACGAACAGCAAAGCAGAGUACAAUAAAACUUUUUACUUCUGUCAAGCUUGUGCAAUUGGCAAGUCAUUAUCUUCCUUUUUCCUCCUCUAACACGCUACACUGCACCACUACAAUUUAUUGCUGAUCUUUGGGGACCAUCUCAUUAAACUUCUAAGAAUAGUUUUAAAUAUUACAUCAGCUUUAUAGAUGUCUAUUCUCGUUUUACCUGGAUCUACUUUCUUAAAAACAAAUCUGAAGGCAUUUUUACUUUUCAGAUUUUUCAAAGUAUACAUUGGAAAACUUAUUGGCUUAUCCAUUUUGCAUUUCCAAUCUAAUGGGGGAGUCGAAUUCAAAACUUUUAUUCCUUUUCUUAACUCUUAGGGAAUUGAACAUAAGUUCCCGUUCACAUAUACUUCUCAACAGAACGACAUUGCCAAAAAUAAACACUGCCAUAUUAUUGUAGAUAUUGGUAUCACCCUUCUUUCUCAAUCGAGUAUUCCCUUAAAAUAUUUGGAUGAGACAUUUUCCAUGGCUGUUUACCUUGUUAAUCGGCUUUCUACUUCAACCCUUCAUGACUUGUCUCCUCUUCAAAUCCUACUCAAUAAAAAGCCUGACUAUUCUUCCUUGAAAAUCUUUGAUUGUCUUUGUUUUCCUUGUCUUAGACCCUACUACGAUCAUAAAUUAAAUUUUCGGUCAUUACCCUGUACUUUUCUUGAUACAGUAAUAUACUCGAAGGAUAUGAGUGAUGGGAGAUUAUACAUAUCAAGAAAUGUCAAAUUUGAUGAAAAUACUUUUCCUUUUUCCCAAAAACAAACCAAAAGUACCAUUUUGCACAGAUCUUACUGAAAAUAAUAAAUUCACAUUACUUCCAGCCCCACCCAUAUUUUCUUCAAUUCCAUCAUGAUCUUCACCUACACCUAUUAACCCUAACACUAUCUCCUCUUCUUCUGAUCAAAAUGGUAUACCAACUGACCUAUUAGCACCGAAUUGUGUUGAUCCUUCACCUUCAGAAGAAGAUACACCUGCUGGAUGUGAUAAUACUAUUUGCAGUAAUUAUAUCUGUGGAAUACCUGCUGUUUGUGCCAAUGAUAUACAGGAUUGUACUAGUACUACUACUGAUAACACUGAAGAUGAAUUGCCUUCAUCUAGUUCUGACUCUCAAAGAAAUAAUAUCAAUACUCAUGGGCCUAGGUCCUCACAUCCGAUGGUCACAUGAUCAAAGAAUGGUAUAUUUGAGCCAAAAGUUUUUCCAACUGAUUA